AUGACGCUCGCCAGCCUGGUGCUGGCGCUGAUGCUAGGGGCUCUCGCCGAGGCGGUCAGCGGGGAUCCGAGGCGGGGGUAUCUGCACCACCGCCACCCGCCCCCUCCGGGUCCCCGGCACCAGGACUCCAGCCCCACCCCGCAGCGGAGGUCCGGGACUUCCCCGCCGCUCCCGCGUGCCGUCCGGGCCCGGCGCGCUCCCGGGCUGUUCCGCGGCGUCUGCCCCGGCGGCGCGCCAGGGAUCCACGAGACGGCCCGGGGCGCCCGGUGUCUGCCCUGGGCGGAGGUGCCCGCCUUCUUGGAGCGGCCGCCCCCGGAGGGCUGGGCUUCGCUUCGAGGGCAGCGCCACAACUUCUGCCGCAGCCCCGACGGCGCGGGCGCUCCCUGGUGCUUCUACCGCAGCGCCCCCGGCCAGGCGGACUGGGGCUACUGCGGCUGCCCGCGCGGCCCAGCAUCGCCUGCCAUCCGCCUGGCUGGCGGCCGCAGCCUGCAUGAAGGGCGAGUGGAGCUCUACCGUGCUGGCCAGUGGGGCACCAUCUGUGACGACCAGUGGGACAAUGCAGAUGCAGAAGUGGUCUGCAGGCAGCUGGGCUUCAGUGGCGUUGCUAAGGCAUGGACUCAGGCGUAUUUUGGGGAAGGAUCUGGCCCCAUAAUGUUGGAUGAAGUGCGCUGCACGGGGAAUGAGCUUUCCAUUGAGCAGUGUCCCAAGAGUUCCUGGGGAGAGCAUAACUGUGGCCAUAGAGAAGAUGCUGGAGUGUCCUGUGCACCUCUGAUAGAUGGGGCCAUCAGACUUGCAGGUGGGCGAGGCAGCCAUGAGGGCCGCCUGGAGGUGCACUACCAGGGGCAGUGGGGCACCAUCUGUGAUGACGGCUGGACCCAGCUGAACACCCGCGUGGCCUGCCGGCAGCUGGGAUUCAUGUAUGGCAGACAAGCCCCUGCCCACCAUUUUGAAGCCAGCACAGGGCCCAUCUGGCUGGACGACGUCCGCUGCUCGGGAAGGGAAGCCAGCUUCCUCCAGUGUUCCAGGGGCCCAUGGGGCCAGCACGACUGCAGUCACAGGGAGGACGUGGGCAUCACCUGCCACCUGGGCAGCAAGGGGCGUGGCCUGCACCUGGGUUUUCCUGUCAGACUGGUGGAUGGAGAAAAUGAGAAGGAAGGACGAGUGGAGGUCUACGUCCAUGGCCAGUGGGGGACAGUCUGUGACGAUGGCUGGACUGACGAGGAUGCGGCUGUGGUCUGCCGACAAUUGGGCCAUAGGGGUCCUGCCAGAGCAAGAACCAUGGCUUAUUUUGGAGAAGGGAAAGGGCCCAUCCACAUGGACAACGUGAGGUGCACGGGCACAGAGAGGACCUUGGCCGACUGUGUCAAGCGAGACUUCGGGAGACACAACUGUCGACAUGGCGAAGACGCAGGGGUUAUUUGUGAUUACUCUGGCACGAAGACCUCGGGCAGCAGUAGUACAGAGCCCCUCUCGGCUGUUUGUGGUCUGAGAUUGUUGCACCAUCGGCAGAAGCGCAUCAUUGGUGGAAAAAAUUCUUUAAGGGGUGGCUGGCCCUGGCAGGUUUCCCUCCGGCUGAAGUCACCCCAUGGAGGUGGCAGGCUCCUGUGCGGGGCAACGCUUCUCAGCAGCUGCUGGGUCCUGACGGCAGCUCACUGCUUCAAGAGGUAUGGCAACAGCUCCAGGAACUAUGCUGUUCGGGUUGGGGAUUAUCAUACUCUGGUGCUGGAAGAGUUUGAAGAAGAAAUUGGAGUGCAGCAAGUUGUGGUGCAUCAGCAGUACCGACCAGACAGCAGUGACCAUGACAUCGCCCUGGUCAGACUGCAAGGACCAGAGGAGCAGUGUGCCAGACUCAGCAGCCAUGUUCUGCCAGCCUGUUUGCCACUGCAGAGAGAGCGGCCACAGAAGACAGCCUCCAACUGCUACAUAACAGGCUGGGGAGACACAGGACGAGCCUAUUCAAGGACACUACAACAAGCAGCCAUCCCUGUACUUCCCAAGAGGUUUUGUGAAGAACGGUAUAAGGGUCGGUUUACAGGGAGAAUGCUCUGUGCUGGAAACCUCCAGGAACACAGACGUGUGGACAGCUGCCAGGGAGACAGCGGGGGACCACUCAUGUGCAAGAGGCCUGGAGAAAGCUGGGUUGUGUAUGGGGUGACUUCCUGGGGGUAUGGCUGUGGAGUCAAGGGCUCCCCUGGUGUUUACACCAAAGUUUCAGCCUUUGUACCUUGGAUAAAAAGCAUCACUAAACUGUGAUUCUGGAAACCUCAGAACAAAUAGUAUUAAAAGGAACUUAUGAAAAACUUUUAACCUCAACCUUUACCUGUAAACCAGAUGACAACUGUGAGGGUUUCAUGUUCCUUGAUAUUUGUUUAUAGAAAUUGUGUACCUUUGCUGAUUUUGAGACUUUGUGAAGUUUUGGUUCAGAUACCUCAGUGUUAUCUUUAGCAUUGUUACCUACCCAAAUUUUACCCAAGUAAACUUUCUCUUACCUUUUUUUUUUGGUAGCAGGUACUUAACCCAGGGAUGCUUAACCACUGAGCCACAUCCCUAGC